UCUCCGUGUGAUAAGACCCAUUCCCCACUUCCCCACUUCCACCCAACCCAGGGAGCCCCAAGGAGGAAGGAAGGGAGGGAGGAGAAACCCUAACCCUAGCGAGAGCUCCAGAGAGGCCAUGGAUCCGUCCAAGCUGGGCGAGCUGCGCUCCUUCGUGGAGGCGUGCAAGAAGGACCCGGCGCUCCUCGCCGACCCGGCCCUCGCCUUCUUCCGCGACUACCUCGCCUCCCUCGGCGCCAACCUCCCCGCCGCCGCCGCCAAGCCCGCGCCCAAGGCGAGGUCCAUGGACGACAUCGACGACGACGACGACGAGGACGAGGAGGGGGAGGAGGACGACCAGGACAUGCGCGACCCCACCCCCGAGCCCGACGAGCUCGACGAGGAGAUCGUCGAGUCCGACCUCGAGCUCGACGACGACGGCGUCGUCCACCCCGACCACGACGACGCGCCCCAGAAGAUGGGAGACUCUUCCGUCGAGGUGACCGAGGAGAGCCGUGACGCCUCCCAGGAAGCAAAGGGCCAGGCAAUGGAAGCAAUGUCAGAAGGGAAACUGGAAGAGGCCGUUGAGCACCUCACCAAGGCUAUACUGCUGAAUCCAACCUCGGCAAUCAUGUACGGUACCAGAGCAUCUGUGUUUAUCAAAAUGAAGAAGCCUGCUGCCGCCAUCCGUGAUGCGAACGCUGCUCUAGAGAUCAACCCAGACUCUGCAAAGGGCUACAAGACCCGUGGAAUGGCUAAUGCUAUGCUUGGCAAGUGGGAGGAAGCUGCUCGUGAUCUGCAUGCCGCGUCAAACAUUGACUAUGAUGAUGAGAUCAAUGCUGUGCUCAAGAAGGUGGAGCCUAAUGCUCACAAGAUAGUGGAACACCGCAGGAAGUAUGACAGGCUGAGGAAAGAGAGGGCGGAGAAGAAAGCUGAGCGUGACAGGCUUCGUCGCCGUGCCGAGGCACAAGCUGCUUAUGAGAAGGCCAAGAGGAAGGAGCAGUCAUCAAGCCGCUCUUCAGGAGGCAUGCCUGGUGGAAUGCCCGGUGGCUUCCCAUUCCCAGGAGGCAUGGGUGGAAUGCCUGGUGGCUUCCCCGGAGGAAUGCCUGGUGGUUUCCCUGGAGGAAUGGGGGGUGGUUUCCCUGGAGGAAUGGGUGGAGGUAUGCCUGCAGGAAUGGGUGGAGGUAUGCCCGCAGGAAUGGGGGGCGGUAUGCCCGCAGGAAUGGGAGGUGGUAUGCCUGGAAUGGGGGGUGGUAGAGGAAUGGGAGGUGGUAUGCCUGGAGCUGGAGGUGCUCCUGGGAAUGUUGAUAUGGGUGACAUCUUGAAUGACCCUGACCUGAUGGCAGCAUUUGGUGACCCAGAGGUUAUGGCGGCCCUUCAAGAUGUGAUGAGCAACCCUUCCAACUUGGCCAAGCACCAGGCGAACCCGAAGGUGGGGCCCAUCAUAGCCAAGAUGAUGGCCAAGAUGAACGGGAACCGGUGAACGCCCCCUGAGCCCGCCCUCGUGACCGAUGGUUUUGCGAUCAUCAGCAGGACAAAAAACUCUGGUUAAGUGUUGGCAGUGUCUUUUUGGCAUCGAGAGACAUGCGUGUGUUGUCGGUUGGCGAUACUAGCGCGCAGAGACGCAUGUUGGAUGGGGGAUAUGUCAUGCCUGGCUUUUUAUUACAUGUUGGUAGUAAGUAGCGGUAGCGAACUUGCGGUGGCUGACAGUCUGCGGAUGCUUGAGGGUUUUACCGAGAUGAUGCGACAGUUCCUUGUUUAUAUAUUUGGCGGAGAAGACGUUACAGCUGA